UGAAGACACAUGGGCACUGGCACCAUCAAGGGUUCUCCCAUAGACCUACGUCCUUGACCCCAUGAAGUCAGGAGUCUAGGUGUGCACAGGUGUGACGGAUGAGCUCCUGCAGUAACAAGGACACACCACACCCACCCUCACCUUCUCACUCUUAACCUUCUGGAGCCCGCCCACCACUGCCCAACUCACUCUUGAAUUGAUGCCGCCCAGCGCUGCUGAAGGGAAGGAUGUGCUUUUUCUUGCUCACAAUCUGCCUGAGGAUCUUGCAGGCUAUGCCUGGUUCAAAGGGGGAAGAGUGGACAGCACCCGUCAAAUUGCAUCCUACAGAAUAGACACUCAAGUAAAUAACCCUGGGCCAACAUACAGCGGACGAGAGACAAUAUACCCCAAUGGAUCCCUGCUGGUCCAGAGAGUCACCCUGGAGGACACAGGAUACUACACUCUACAAGCCAUAAAGACACAUUUUCACAAUGAAGAAGUGACUGGACAGCUCCGUGUAUACCCGGAGUUACCCAAACCCAACAUCACAAGCAACAACUCUAACCCCGUGGAGCACAAGGACCCUGUAGUGUUCACGUGUGAACCUGAGAUUCAGGACACCACCUACCUGUGGUUGAUCAACAGUCAGAGCAUCCAGAACAGUUCCAAGCUGGAGCAGUCCAAGGACAACAGGACCCUCACGAUACUCUAUGUCACAAGGAAUGACAUAGGACCCUAUGAGUGUGAAUCCCGGAACCCAGUGAGUGCCAGCCGCAGUGACCCACUCUACCUGAAUGUUUCCUAUGGCCCGGAGUCCCCCACCAUUUCUCCCUCAGACACCCUUUACCGUCCCGGGGCCAACCUCAGCCUCUCCUGCCACGCAGCCUCUAACCCACCCGCAUUGUAUUCUUGGCUUAUCAAUGGGAGGCUCAAGCAAUCCACACAGAAGGUCACUAUCCCCAACAUCACUGUGAAUAAUAGUGGAUCCUAUACCUGCCUCGUCCAUAACUCUGUCACUCGUCUCAAUAGGACCGCAGUCAGGACUAUCACAGUCUUUGAUGAGGACUCAGCACAACCAACUCCUGGCCUCUCAGAUGGGGCUAUUGCUGGCAUCGUGAUCGGAGUCCUGGCCGGGAUAGCUCUGAUAGUAUCCCUGGUGUACUUUCUACAUAUCAGAAAGACUGGAGGGUAUGAUGGCCUUUCUCUUGUCCUGCUUUCUCCAGGGCUAACCGCCAUGCUUGGGAGAGGGAAGGAGACUCCCCUCUGUCUCUGGGCCUGCAUCUGCUCCUCCUCCUUCUGAAACCCCUGCUUCUCGGCACUAAUUCCUGUGGCCUCUCCUUCCCUGGACUUCAAACUUCCUGUACCCCACUUUCUCUUGGAUAUGGUUAUUCCCAUCCCCAUCUGGUUUAGGGUGGGCAGAGCCAGUGAUAUUCUUCCAUUCCCCUGGCAGGGAAGCCAAGGUCCAAGAAGGAAAACAAAUGAGGAAAUAAAUGAAAGGAGGAGCAGGAGAAAGCGAGUUGUGUGCUCUGUCAAUCACAGGAAGAGAAAGGGAGAGGA